AUGCCUCGGAUGCCACUGAGCAAAGGUCCUGUCUUCCAAAAUUACUGGCAUUCUGGAAAGAAGACUUGUCUUUUCUGGAUCUGCGGCUACCCUGGUAGUGGGAAGAAGAUUCUCUCUGCAUACCUCCUGGAAUACCUCAGCGGGGGCAAGGAAUCCCCUAUGCUGCGGAAGGGUAGCAACUCGCCAUGCUAUUUUUUCUGCGACGAAUCCAUAGGAACCCGCAGAGAUGGAACUGCAAUACUGCGAGGUCUUAUCCAUCAGCUUGGUGAACGGCGCCGGCAGGUUAUCAAAUAUGUCAAGGCUGCGUACGAUUUGCAAGGACCCAAUUUCCAGCAGAACUUCAAUGAGCUCUGGAAAAUAUUUGUUGCUAUUGCCAGCGAUACAAUGGUUGGGCCGGUCAACGUCGCCGUUGAUGCAAUUGAUGAGUGCGAGGAGGAAACCCGUGGCCGCUUGCUUCAGAGCAUUCUUAAGCUGGUAAAAGACACUGGGCGCGUCGUGCACGAGCUACCGCUGGAUCUCACAGCCACAUACGAGCGAUUCCUCCAAGAUAUCCCACUUCAAGACCGAGCACCUGCACCCAACGCCGCUGAUCCCGGGGAUGCCGAUGGAUGGACACCACUCUCGUGGGCGCUCUUUGGGCGAGCGCCGAAGACUAGGGACAGGAACGGACGGAGCCCGCUCGCUCAUGCUGCUGGCUACGGCGGCUAUCUGGAGGUGGUGCAACAACUGCUAGCCGUUGACGGGACUGAAGCCGGUAGCACGUCCAACACUUCGCAGACGCCUUUGUCGAUCGCCCAAGCUAGUGGACACGACGAUCUUGUCAAGGUGCUGUUGCAGCAGCGGAAAGGCGAGUAG